AAUAUUGUAGUUUUUGUCCUUUUGUUUUGGAAUUUUCUUUAUCUACCCAGAAACUGUAAAUCUUCACUACCCAUUUCUUCUGAGAUCGAGUUUGUUAAUGGCACUUUAAUUCCCCAGCUAAUGAUGGAUGCUGAUACUGAUAUUCACUCCGGUAAGGUCGGCAUUGCCGAUCAAAAUGGUGUUCAAUAUGAUCACUAUGUCUCCAGGGAUGACGACAUUGCGGUGGAAGUUAAUGGAAGCCCAGACAGCACAUUGGUGGGUGUAGGUCCUGAUUGUGAAUCAAACGGCAAUGGAAUCGUUAAUCCUUCCAAUUUAGAAGAUGUGCAUGUGGGAAACAGUGUUUCUCCAGCAUCUGAGGAAGUCGAAGCAACAGAAACUAAUGCAACAAAGGAGCCACAGCCACCAAAUAGCCGAUUGAAGGGGAAAAGUGAGAAGCCUUCGAAUGUUAAAAACGCUAUGGCAACAUCCAUUAAGAAGAAUGCUACUAAUAAAGAAGUAAAGGCUACUACGAAUGGUACCGUGUCUAAUAAUGCACGUGCUAAACAGCCUAUUGUAAAGGCUAGAUCUUUUAACGACCGUCCUGCUACAAAUAGUAAUCUGAACAAGGCCACAAAACCAGUAUCAGCUACCAGUAACCCUCAAAAAGCCAAGCCGCUGAAAAGUGAAACGGCGUCUGUGCACUCUGAAGGAACUGUGGACAAGCCCAAAUUGAAGCCUUUGAAGAAAGAACCCACUUCCAAAACCGAAAGAAAUGAAGAAUCUGUCGAAAGCCCCACUACAGCUGAUGAGAAGAUCCACAGAGUGGGGAAACUUCCAUCGUAUGAUUUCAGCUUUAGGUGUCAUGAGCGGGCUGAGAAGAGAAGAGAGUUUUACACAAAACUCGAGGAAAAGAUUCAUGCACAAGAAGUGGAGAAAAGUACCCUGCAAGCAAAGUCCAAGGAAAAUCAAGAGGCGGAAAUUAAGAUGUUUCGAAAGAGUUUAAAUUUUAAAGCAACACCAAUGCCUAGCUUUUACCAGGAACCUGCACCUGCUAAAGAGCUAAAGAAGAUACCGACUACACGUCCGAGAUCGCCUAAGCUUGGAAGAAAGAAGAACUUAUCUUCAGUGGAAGGUGAAGAAGAUGCCGACCAAAUCCAUCGACCCGGACGUUUAAGUCUGGAUGAAAAAGUUGUCACACAUCCAAUCCUCAGCAAAGGGCCUUCACCCGUUUCAUCAAAGCGGCCUCAGAGAAAGUCCCUUCCUAGACUGCCCUCCGAGAAGACACGCCUAUCAAAAACUGCUCAAUCGCAGGAUACCCCAAUCAACGGGUCUCUUCCAAUAGCGCGAGUCGAGCAAGAGGGUCUUUCCUCAAACCCAGAAUCCGCACCUAUUGCUCGUGUUGAGGACGAAGGAUCUCUCUCUAAUCCAGGUUACACUGCUCCUAUUGUUCAUGCCGAGGAGGAAGUCCCAACAUCUGAUCCAUGUGAAGACGGUCCUGUUAUCGAAGAUCAACCCAAGCCCACAAUCGACCAAGAGGUGUUUUAACGGCAUGAAAGGGAUGGUGCAACUGGAUUCGCCUCCACAAAGUGUUGGCUUAGUAAAAACACAAAUGUGAAGUCUUGACGCAGUUUGUCCAUAGUUUGGUGAGGCUUGCUUGUUCUUGCUUUUUAGACUUUUCGGUUCACUUAUUACUCUGCAUUUGCACUUUCUCUGGUUUGUCCCAUUACUCUUACAAAUUACUUCGUUUUAGUGGUCUGCCAUUGAAGUGUUGUGGGUAAAUUUUGAGUUUUCUGGUACACCGGUUGUAGUUUAUGAUAUACAUAAAGUAGCUUAUGGGGGAGAUGACUAAAUUGAACAAAUUGGUGUUUUAUGUUUAUUCAUUGUGAAUUUGAGAUUAUUUCUCUUCUUUUUC